AUGACCGCCCAAUCGAAGCCCGUGAUUGUUAAACCAACAUCGCUUCUGACGUUAUACCUUACGCAGUUGGCCGCACAUCCCCUGAGAACAAAAGUUAUAACCUCGGGCGUCUUACUUGGUUUACAAGAAUUUUUGGCCCAAGUUUUAAGCGGGUCAGGCAGGAGAAAGGGAAAAACCAGAGACGGUGAACAUAUUACGUUGGACAAUAGGAUCGUUAAAAUGGCGCUAUACGUGCAUCUGGCGGCAACAGCGUUUAUCAAUGGUGAACUGGUGAUAACUUCUGUCAAAAGGUCCAUUCUUCCCACCCUGAAAUCAGCUUGGGUGGGCAUGAUAUUAUCUACAGCAUUUGCUCAAAAGGUUUUACCGCCGCAAUUGUGGGAACCUUUUUUCACUCUUAUUGG